AUGUUGGGUGCACUUUUACCUGGACGCUCUCUGAGCGAUGCAGUAGCUACCAAUUCAAACCCCUUGAACAACACAUAUCUUCUUCUUCCCAUUGCGGUCACCUUUCUGUUUUACGUUCUCUACAGAUGGGCUCUUCCCAAGCCCAUAUCCGACAUUCCUCACAAUGCGAGUGCUACGAAGAAUCUUCUUGGAGAUGUUCCAUCGCUGCUAGAGGGCAUGAAACGGACUGGUGAAUUCCACCUUUGGAUGCUGGAACAGGCCGCCAAGUAUCGCUCGCCUCUGUUCCAAGUUUUCAUCCGCCCUCUGGGCAAGCCGACCCUGGUGCUCUGUGACUUUAGAGAAGCACAGGACAUUCUCAUGAGACGGAAAGAUUUCGAUCGGUCUCGCGGCACUGCUGAUCUUCUCGAGGGCGUCGGUCCAAACCACCAUAUUCACAUGAAAACGGACGCAGAAUGGAAGCGCCAUCGGAGGCUUUUGCAGGAUUUGAUGUCUCCCGGCUUUCUGAACGAGGUCGCUGGCCCUGCGGUAUACGCUGGCGUGCUCAAAUUGAUCGACCUCUGGAAUGGCAAGACUCGAUUGGCUGACGGUCGCCCUUUCCAUGCCGAGUCGGAUAUUUACUACGGUGCUUUGGAUGCUGUGAUGGCUUUCACUUUCGGCGAAAACUUCCCCAACAGCGCGAUCCGCCCGACAGCUGACGCAGUCAGGAACCUCAAAGAAGAGGACAUUGACCGCCUUCGGGGUGCUUCGUCAACGGACCGUAACGGCCUUCUGAAGUUCCCUGUGGGAGAGUGUGAUGAAAAGCUCACUGCGACACUGGUAGUUGCUGGAUCGAUCGAACACCUUAUUGGAUCCCCUAUUCCUAGGAUUAAAUGGUGGUUCGUUGAGAGGAGAGCGGACGUUAGCCGAGCCAUCAGCAUCAAGAAAGAGUAUGUCCGCGAAGAAAUCUCCAAGGCAAUUCAACGUCUGAAGGAAAACGGUCACGAGGAGACAAAAGUUCUGUCUGCUGUCGAGCUGGUUGUUCUCAGGGAGAAGAAGCUCGCCGAGAAUGAAGGUAGGCAGCCCGGUUUCUUCAGCCCUACAAUGAUCGAUGAGCAGGUCUUUGGUGUUGUCGUUGCAGGCCACGAUACGACUAGCACAACUAUGUGCUGGGGAGUAAAACUUCUGGCAGACAACCCUAGAGUGCAGACAAAGUUACGAGAGGAGCUCCGAGCCGGGUUCGCGGACGCCGCGGCCGAAGGUCGAAGCCCUACCAUCCACGAGAUUACCAGUACCAAAAUUCAUUACUUGGAUGCCGCCAUGGAGGAGAUUCUGCGUUGCGGUGGAGCUGCUGCUCUCAUCGACCGAGAAGCCACAUGCGACACUGAGCUUCUUGGUCAUCAUAUCCCCAAGGGCACAGUUGUCAUGCUGCUUGGUCGCGGACCUAGUAUGAUGAAGCCUGCAUUCGAUGUCGAUGAGUCCAAGCGCAGCAAAAGCAGUCUCGCGGCAAAGGCCCGGGUCUGGGAUGAUGAUGAUAUUAGUGAAUUCAAGCCCGAGCGCUGGUUCAUUGGCAACGAGGGAGAGGCAUCAUACGAGUUCGACCAGCAGGCGGGUCCUCAGUUGGCGUUUGGUUUGGGUACUCGGGGUUGUUUCGGAAGGAGGCUUGCUUACCUGGAGCUGAGGAUCUUGGUUACGCUGAUUGCGUGGAACUUUGAGCUGCUGCCUUGCCCAAAGGAGUUGUCUGGAUACGGCGCCAAGGAAGGUCUUACGUAUAAGCCUAAAGACUGCUAUGUUCGCCUGCGCGCGGCCGAGAAAUAG